UAAAGACCCUUAAACUCCAUUAACUAGGACCAUUUGCCCUUUUCUCUCUCUCUCUCAUCUCUUGGAAAUGACACCACUCUAUGAUGAUCUUAACCCACCACCAACCCCAAAUUUUCCCUUUGUGGAUCUAAAAGAAGAACCCCGUGAUCUUCAACUCUUUCUCUCCGUAACCGAACAACAAGCCACUUCUCACAAGGUUAAAAAGCAUGAUGGUGGAUCAAGCGAUCAACAAGCAAGUUCAUCAUCGUCAUCUUCUUCUUCACUUCAAUCCACGGGGGAUCACAGGACAAUCGAUGGCCGGAAUUCAUCCUUUGGGGAUUAUGGAAGUGCAGGAGAUCAUAAUGGGAUAUCAGUGAGAUGGAUGUCCUCCAACAUGAGGCUGAUGAAGAAGAUGAUGAACUCCAACUGCAGCAAUGGAUCAACAGAUCACCGUAAAGCAAUUAAAUUUACAGACAAGCUUCGACGUCGAGUGGAUGAUAACGGCGAAACCGACUACUCUUUGGGUAAAGCCAAUAAUAACGCCGUUAGAGUCUGCUCCGACUGUAACACAACGACGACACCUCUUUGGAGAAGUGGCCCUCGAGGUCCCAAAUCUCUUUGCAAUGCUUGUGGGAUUCGACAAAGGAAGGCACGGCGAGCAAUGGAAGCGGCUGCGGCGGAAACCGCCGCCGGAGUUGCAACCGGUGCAGCAAUAUCGCUGAAGAUUAAGGUGCAGAACAACAAGGAAAAGAAAUCACGAAUUGGGCAAUUCAGAAAACAAUUAUUCAAGUCACCUUCGGAUCAUAAUUCUCAUUGUAAUCAUCAACAAAUCCAAAAGAAGCUUUGCUUCGAGGAAUUUGCUUUGAGUUUGAGCAAGAACUCAGCUUUGCAGCGUGUGUUUCCUCAGGACGUUGAAGAUGCUGCGAUUCUCCUAAUGGAGCUCUCCUGUGGACUUAUUCAUGGUUGAAUUGAUGUUUUGGUCACUAAAUAAUUUUUUUGAACUAGUUUUUGUUUUUGUUUUGUGUGACCCAAGGGAUAGAGAUUAAAGAGUGAUUAGUUCUAUUUAUGUAUCCAAAUCAAAGUGAUUCUCAGCUUAUAUGAAAUAAUGAAAAUUUAUAACA